AUGUCGUUUCAGCCGUCCUCCACUACGGAAGCCACGCUUCCCGGCACCGCCAGCAGCGACCUGCCACGACCACCUGUCAAUGUGACGACCGCAGAUGCUACUGCUCCACGAGCUCCUGCGGUCGAGACCGCUGGUAGUUUACAGCCGACCGCCACCCAUACAUUGUUUAACCUCAAAAGGAAGGGGAAACGCUCUCGAAGUUCCACUUUUUCAACUGCCUUUUCCAAAGAUGGAACGGAGAAGGAUACCAUUCUCUCUGUCGAUAUCAGUUCCUCACAACCUCCCGACUCCCAAAACUUGAAUCAAAAAUAUUCACGAAAGCAACUAAAAAAGAAAGGAAUCUACAAGCGAUUAUUUAGGUCCAAGAACGAUAAAAGCCAAAGAAUCCAAGGUUUAUCAGAGCCAGACCGUCCAAUAUCUGUCGAUAAUCCGUCGAUAUUUGCAUGCUUCAUGGAGUCCUCGCCUACUGCCAUGUUGCGGGCUUUGGUCCCUCGUCUACCCCUCAUGGGCAAGACGGUUGCUUGGCACGCUCUGGGUCUCUCACAAACGUCGCCCUACUGGGACCUCAAAACUGAGCUGCUGAUAACCAUGAUUCGAUCGUUUGUUGCCCGUCCAACUCCAGAUCCGCUAUCCAAAUCUCAGCAUGUCUCUCUUAAAGAUCCCGGUAUCAAAGGUCGCAUGUGGAUUUCUAAAAAUGUGGUUCCAGCGCCAACUGGCCCAGAAACUCGUCAGUACGUCAUCGAGGCUAUCGACUCUCUCAUCACCGGCGAGAAAUUCGACUGGUUGAAGCCUGAACUCCCAGCUGCGUCUGGAGAAUGGACCGGUUAUCGCGCAAAUGUUCCAAAGGAAGCUCCUCAGUUAGAUAUCCCAGAGGAGGAAAAAUACACGAAAAUGAUGGAAGAGGUGACAUCUCCAAUUACUGUCUACUACAUCCAUGGCGGUGCAAUGUAUUUGAUGGAUCCGGCGACACAUCGUCCGACUUGUGCCAGGAUCGCCAAGGAAACCAACGGUCGAGUCUUUUCGUUCAGAUAUAGACUUGCACCACAACAUCCAUUCCCUUCUGCGUUAAUGGACUGUUUCAUGGGAUAUCUAUAUCUCUUGUAUCCGCCUCCAGGUGCCUUGCACACACCGGUCGACCCUAAGAAUAUUGUCAUCUGUGGCGACAGCGCAGGUGGGAACCUUUCAGCAGCUUUGAUCGCUUUGAUCCUUACUAUUCGAAAACUUCACCCUUCCGGUAUCACACACAAUGGCCAAUCGGUCCCUCUACCCUUGCCUGCAGGAAUAGGUCUCAACAGUCCAUGGGUAGAUACAACCCACUGCCUCCCAUCCGUAGUCACAAACAAGGAGUUUGACUACAUCCCGUCUCCAAGCAUCUACCCCUCCGAUGGUCCGAUUUUCCCGAAGUGCGACAUCUGGCCACCAACUCCACCGCGAAAGGCCAUUUAUGUCGAGGACAAACUUCGCUUGCAUCCAUUCGUCAAUCCCAUGAUAUUUGAGGGAUGGGCGGGAGCCCCACCGGUGUUGGUUAUGUGUGGACAAGAGCUUUUGGCAGAUGAGUGUAAAUUCUUCGCGAAGAUAUUACAUAGUCGAGGAGUUACUGUUCAGUUUGAAGAGUAUGAAGCUAUGCCGCAUUGUUUUGCGCAGUUGAUGGAUUGGGUUCCUGUUACUGCGAAGUGCUUUAAGACUUGGAGUGGGUUUAUCAAGGAUGCUGUUAAUGACGAGGUUAAGGAGAGUAAAGCGAGGAAGACGGCUGCAAAGUCAUUGGAGGAGACGGAGAUCUCGUUGGAAGAGGUUAGUCCGUAUACCUUUGAUGAGGUUGUUGAAAGGAUGAAGGGGAGUUUGGAGCAUGGUAAUGAUUUUCACAAAAUGGGAGCGCAGUUGGCGAAGCUUUGA